AUGGAAUUCCCUUAUCCAUCAGCAUAUUCAACGCCGACGACACUGAGUAAUUCUCAAGGUAACAGUAUCCAUAAUAAUAAUAAUAACACUACUGCCGUCUCCACAACAUCAACACCUCCAAUAACCUUGACAACUUCGACUAUCAUAAUCAAGCCAGAUGCCAGUGAACACUACAAAACAACAAUUAAUUCUUUAGACAAUAAUAAACCUCCAGAAAAUUGUAGAUUUCAACAAAAUCAUGACAAUUAUUUAAAAUCUGAAAAUCCCAUCAAUUUCAAUGAAACCGCCUUUACAAACUGCCUAAUCCCUAAUGAAACUGAUGACAUCAAACCCCUAGACAGUCUAGAAAUUAGUCCACAACUUUAUCUCAGUGAAUCUUCAUCAAGUCUUGAACCAGCCUGUAAUCUAAUGAAUGAUUCAUCUGUCUACUACGGCGAACAGACAACAUCCAGUACAGACUGGUUAUCACAAUUAUUUCAAACAAGCGUAGAAUCAACAAGUUAUGAAACAACCUUAUCAAAAACUUGCAUAAGUCCAUCUUGGAAAAAUCAUGAAUACGUGCAUUAUUCCUAUACAAAUUCUACACCAGAUUUAAAUAUUCCGCGUCAUUAUGAACAGCAACAACAACAACAAGAACCAAUGACCUUGGAGGCUGUUCAAGGUGUUCAAUUCCCUGAUGUAACAAAUUAUGAAGCUUUGGAGAAAUCAACACCAUCCACUUGUUUCUAUGGGAAUAUUAGUCAAAAUUCGGAAUGCUUUGAAACAAUUAGAAUGAAAGAAAAUAUUGAUGUUUUGCCAAAUAUCAGCUCAGAUAACAACAAUGUUCAGCCACUAGUGAAUAUGGAAGAGUACACACCAAUUCUACCGAUGUACAAUAUUACUAAUAAUCUAGAAUUAAGUAAUCAUGUUCAGAAUAAACUAGAAAGUAAUACAGAUUGUAUUAAGCUACCACCUCCUUAUUACUAUUAUUAUUAUCAUCAUCACCAUCAAAAUCAAAAUUUAAAUCAGAAUCCUCCUGUUGUUGUUGUUGCCAAUGGUGAGGAACAAAUAUUCCCUUGUACAUUGAACAAUGAUAAUAAUAAUAAUGACAACUCACAGUUGAUUCAAACAAAUGCAGUGUCUAAUUUUGAAUUUAGGAAUAAUAAUAAUCAUAAUAACAAGACACAAGAUGAAGAUUUCUUUUGUCGAUUGUGUUCACUAGAAAAUUCACCACAGGCUGCAACAAAUUCGACAUUCAAUAAUUCAUCGGGUAUGAAUUCCUUUUGGGCGAAUUAUCGUCAAGUUUUAGAUAAUAAUAUACAACCAAGAUUUGAAAAUAAUAUUAGUAAUAAUUUCCAGCAACAACAACAACUGCAUUCCUCACCAUUAUUAAAUUUAUCGCGUUUUCGUCCACGUGAUCAAUGUGUCAAUGGCAUUGAACAUUUAAUACCAGAGAAAAGAAAGUUGAAUAAAAAACGUUUAGAUAUUAAUCCUCAUGAAAAUGGUAAGUUGAUGCCAUUGUCUACAACACUUUCAUCAUCAACAUCAACAUCCUCAAGAAAUUCAUCAAAGUCGAUGUCACUGUUUCAAAUUAGUCCUGCCCAGUUGAAUACUCUCCUUCCACCGAUAUCUUGUAAUGAAAUUUCUAGAAUUCUCCAUCGAUAUCAAUCAGCAAAUAUUGAAACGUUGUUUCAAACAAUACGUAUUGAUAACCUAUCGUCUGGGAAGUCUUCAUACCCAGAGUCAGUGACAUCAACGCGAGGUAAUCAAAUCGUCUUUCGACUUAGAGAACAGAAAAUAUGGUCAGAUAUCUGUGUGCAUAAUACUGAGAUGAUAGCUACAAACACAGGAAGACGAAUUUUCCCGUCUUUAUCAGUUGAUGUAUUUGGAUUGUCCCCAGCGGAAGAGUACAUCUUCCUGAUUGAUAUGCUUUUAAUUCAACCGCAUAUAUUUAAACAUCAAGGCGAUAGAUGGGUUGUCAGUUGUCAAUCAGAGGAAUUAAUAACUCAUUCACAAUCAUUACAAGGCAGAUAUUAUAUUCAAGAAGAAUCGCCUAAAACUGGUGCUUAUUGGAUGGAGUCUGGAGUAAACUUUACUCGGGUUAAGAUAACAAAUAGUAAAGAUUUGAAAUCACACAAAAAUAUGAUUCAAGUCCAUAGUAUGCAUUAUUAUAUUCCACGAAUAUCUGUUGUCCGCCUUAACCGUGUAAACGGUACCCACUCGAUGAAUUAUCCCAAUCAUAAUAAUAAUAAUCAUUCACAGUACAAUUCAUCGGUGGCGUGUCUUCCACAAUCUGACCAAUUGGAAUUAAUUGGUGCUUAUAUUAUACCUGGGACACAGUUCUACACAGUUACCGCUUAUCAAAAUCCUGAUGUUAUACGUAUAAAAAUUAAUAAUAAUCCAUUCGCUAAAGGAUUUCGUAAUCGACAAGAUCAAGAUGAACUGAAUGAUAUGGCAAUGCUGUCAGCUAUGAAUAUAAAAAGCAAGUACAUGAUGAUGAUGAUGACAACACAGCGAAAGAAGGAACAUUCACCUCCGCGAACACAAUAUCAUCAUCAUCAUCAUCGUUGUCAACAUCACUGUCAACACCAGUUCUUCCAUUGUCCUCCUCAUCAGCAAAUUUGA